AUGAAAGAGAGUAUGGAAAGAAGUCGCUCGUUGCAAGAACAAGAGCAACAACUCGUCACAACACACGUCUAUCAUAUGAUGAUGCAAUUGCAUCAGCAGUCAACGUUAGCUGGCAGUGGAUUGGGUGGGGGUAUGUCGGGCAGUGGCGAUAGUGGCAUAUCAUCACGGACGAUGGUCGGUCAGGCACCCACCAGCCCUGAGAAGAGUUUCUUGACAAGGCAACGACAGUGUGGCACAUUCAAUAUCUCGAGGUGA